CACACCAUGUUUUCCACCCACUACUUCCACCACCACUAACCAUUGUCUCAAAAUUCUCAUUCUCUCUCAAAAGAAGAAAAGAAGUGAGAAUUUUGACAAGUAAUGGAGGGUUUGAAGAUGAAUGUGUUGUUCACACUAGUGGUUGCCGUUUUGGUAAUGGCGGCGAGUGGCGUCUCAGCCGCUGAGGCACCAGCUCCAAGUCCCACAUCGGAUGCUACUACUCUUUUUGUUCCAGCUGCUUUUGCUUCUUUUGUUGCUCUUGCUUUUGGCUUUCUCUUCUGAAAACCUUCUCUUGUGGAGUUUGAUUUGUGCAGAGGCUAUUUUGGUUACGUUUUUUUUUUUUUAUAUUAUCAGUAUUAUUAUGAUUCAAUUCUUCUUGUGUAACACAUUCAUUUGUCAUUGUACUAGUACUGUUUAUGGAUUGUGACCAUGUAAUCUUAUUGUGAUUUGUUUGGUUUUACUCAUAAUAAUUUGACUCUUAUGUUUGGACUUAA